AUGUCUUAUGACCGUUACUUGGCUAUAUGUAACCCGCUGCGUUACACUGCUAUAAUGAGCCACAAGUUUUGCUUUAACUUAGUUAUAAUGUCGUGGGUUAUAAGUUAUGCUGUACUACUAAAUGAAGCUAUAGCUCUGUUUAAAUUGUGGUUCUGUGGACCACAUGUGAUUGACCAUUUUUUCUGUGAUUUUACUCCCUUGCUGGAACUUUCCUGCUCAGACACCUAUGUGACCGAUCUUGUACCCAAAUUGCUUACUAUCCCAUUAGUUAUUGUCCCGUUCUUAAUCAUUAUUAUUUCCUAUGUCUAUAUUGUCUUCACCAUCCUCAAAAUCCCAUCACUUACUGGAAGACAUAAGGCCUUCUCUACCUGCAGCUCCCACCUGGCUGUUGUCUUUUUAUUUUAUGGAUCCCUGACAAGUAUCUAUUCACUUCCAACCAAAGCAAAUUCAAAGAGUUUAAGUAAACUCCUGUCUCUGCUGUACACUGUGGUAACACCAAUGAUUAACCCUGUCAUAUACAGCUUCAGAAAUAAGGAUAUACAUAAAGCGUUUGAUAAAUAUAUCAAGACUGCAUCUGACAUCCAGAAAUCAAGUCAACAGAGGAUGAAUGUUCUGCUGAAUCUAGGUGUUGAUGAUGUCCAGGGCCAAGUCCAUGAAGCAAUCAAGACCCCCUCCAGCACUUAUAUCUGCUUCAUUAUCCAGAAGGCACAGUUGCAUGAAGUCAGUUGA